UGUUCUUGUGUACCGGCCAGGAGAUAAGUUUGCAUAAUAAGAGGUAACAUUGCUCUGUAUCCCAUUCCUGAACAAGAGCAGCAGAAACUCUAUCAUCUUCACGGAACGUUUCGAGCUGGAAUUGCCAGGAGCACGACGUGCGCGCCGGCCGGCUGCUAGCUCGUUUCAGCAAUUGUCAGCAGAUACAAGAUGCAAGGAAUUGCGAAGGCGCUGAGCUUCCAUGGGAAGCAGCUAAGGGUCACAGUCCUGCGACAUAUGAACAAGGGGAUCUUCUCCUGGGCUACCCUGAUUUCGCGCAUACAGAGUGAAUCUCCGGCUGUGAUUAUACCUCACACGGGGCUAGAGAACAUCACAGUACGAGAAAUCCUCAAGGCAAAAGGGGAGGCUGAAGCUGGAGCAGUCUACUGGUGCAGCACCAGCCAUUUGGUGCAUGAAGCCGUCAAGCAUAUGACGGCCCGUAAUGUAGGAGCCCUAGUGGUGCUCAAGUCAGGGGAUGAGAAGAAGCUUGCAGGAAUUGUAACUGAAAGAGAUUUCGCUAGGAAGAUCCUUUUACCCGGGCGACCUUCAGAAGGAACAAGAGUUGAAGAUAUCAUGACACAAGAUGGCAAGCUAAUCACUGUCACCAGCAACACCAAUAUUCUACGUGCAAUGGAGCUAAUGACAGACGAGCACAUUCGGCACGUCCCUGUUUUCGACGAGAAGGUAGUUGGCAUGAUUUCCAUUGGUGAUGUCGUUAGAGCAAUCGUGGACCAACAGCACCAAGAAGUAAAGCAACUGAAGAAGUACAUCACGGGAGAUUAUUAUUAGUUUGUAUCUGUGGUAGAUGAAGAAAUUAUAUAGUGUGGAUGAAUUAUUCAUGAUAGUUAACCAAGAAUUAUAUCUUCCUCCAUAUAGCAUUAAUCUGCACGAUUUGCUA